ACGAUAUCACAAAAGAAAUAAAAUUACACAUUCAUAGCUGUGACACAUGAGCGACGGCAAGCUUAAUAACUAUUAUAAAUUAUUAGUUUUUAAUUUAUUAGCCUAAAACUUAAUACCAAUACCUACCUAUUACCUAAACACGAAUCUGCGUCGCCUGUCAACGAUCGUUAUCGAAAGAAUGCCCAUCGGCCAUCAUAGUCGCCGUCUAUAACAAGAGGGAACCGAUACGAAUUUUCGAACAAUAAUAGCGUUAUGAUCAAAAAUAAUAUUAAUCGACGGGAUAUCCAAAAGAAUAUACAAAAUCUACUAUAAUAGUCUAAUCGCUGCUGGCAUGUUGCAUGUUAUUUGGUUUUAUUUUUAUUCUUUGUAGAUGACAUUGUAUACGAUACUAAACUAUACGCGAUGUCGUGAUAGAUACCAUUUCUUUCUUUUAUUAGACGUUGAUUGAAGAAUAUAAACUGCUGUUGUCAACUAGUGCUAUUGGAAAAAGAGCCCCGCUAAUAGGGUCCCGCAAAGGCUAGGACCGGCUCUGGGCCGAUGUAUGGUGAUAUGGAACGACGGAUAGGUCAAAUAGGUAUAUUACACAACACUUUUCUUUUCUGUCGGAAACGCACGUUACACUUUUAUUGGUGAUUGAAUGUAUUUGUAUGUCCAACGACAAUGCAAAUAACAAUAACAAAGACCAGUUAUGACACUAGUGGAAAAAAAUACACAUUGCCACAAUGAUAUUGCGGCGUUCAUAGUACGAGAAAAAAAAGUAGUCGCCGAUCUCAAGGUUGUAGCCAAGUUAUAUUCAAUAAUGGAAUUCUCUGUAGUUGAAUUUGAUGAUGGAAUUCAUCUUGUUUCAUCAUCUUUGGUGGAUACUACCAAAUUAAAUUUUUACUGGCCACGGCCACAUGUUAGGAAAGAAAGUGUAUUUCGAAAAAUGAUGGUUUUACACAUUGCUUCUAAACAAAAUGAUCCAUCAUGGUCUUUAUAUCCUAUCAAUAGAGUUAUAAGUAGAUAUUCAAAAUACAAAGAAAGAAUGUACAAAUUAAAACUAGCAGAAAAAUAUUCUGAUAUCGACAGCUCUAAUGAAACAACUUCAAAUGAUCAAAAUAUAUCCAAAAUUGCAGAAUGUCCUAGUACCAAUGAAGCAGCACAUAGUGAAGCUACAAUAUCAAAAUACCCACUAUUUCCUACAGUUGAUGAAAUUAUGAGUAUUCUGGAAUAUAAUAGUCAAUACACAACACUUAUCAAUUCUACUAAUAAAAUAAUUGAUACUAAGAAAGCGGUAGGAAAUAAAGAAUUAAAUUCAAAGAAUGUAUAUAAAGUUAUAUCAAAAUUGAGCACUAAAAUUGAAUUAAUAUGUGAUGAAAUUUUUGAAUUAAAGCAAUUAAUUAUUGGACUGACCAAUAAAAAUAAUUUAUCAAGAAUCUCUAAAAAUGUAGAAGUUAAUCAUGUUAUUGUUAGAUCAUUUGAAGAAGACUUACCUAAAUACACUGAAGAAUGUUUAAAAGAAAUCGAGAACAAAUUAUUAACAGAUAAUUCAUACUUUAUGUCAAUGGUAUAA